AUGGGGUUUGGAAUAUGUUUCGUCGGGUUGUGUCAAAAUGCACAAAGAACAGGCUCUCUCCCGGGUGUAAGAGUAGCAAGGAAGAACCAUUUGAUUAAUCACCUUCUCUUUGCCGAUGAUACAAUGUUUUUCAGUAAAACAAGCCCAAGCAGUUGCGCUACUCUCAUGCUUAUUUUAAAGCGUUAUGAGGAAGCUUCUGAACAGUGUAUAAAUGUGGAGAAAUUUGGGAUUACAUUCUCUUCUAAAACACCCCUGGAAGUGAAAGUGAGAGUGAAGCAAGCUUUGGGGAUCACCAAUGAAGGAGGUGUAGGGAAAUAUCUCGGGCUCCCUGAGCAUUUUGGGAAAAGGAAGAAAGAUAUUUUCACGGCACUAGUGGAUAAAGUAAGACAAAGAGUUAUGUCCUUAUCCAACUGGUUUCUCACUAGUGCAGGGAAGUUGAUCCUGCUGAAGAUGGUUCUUUCAUCUAUGCCGUCCUACGCCAUGUCUUGUUUCAAGCUCCCAUUGUCUUUAUGUAAAAGACUUCAAUCGGUUCUGACUAGAUUUUGGUGGGAUGAUAAACCAGGGCAGAAGAAAAUUUGCUGGGUGGGAUGGGAUACGCUUACCGGUGCAAAAGAGGAAGGGGGAUUGGGUCCUCCUUUAUGGAAGCGAAAGCACCAUCCAACGCCUCCCAUGGGUGGAGGGGCAUUUUGGAGACUAGGGAUAUCCUCAGGAAAGGACUUGGCUGGAUUGUCGGGAAUGGUGAAGACAUCAAAGUUUGGAGUGCUCCGUGGUUGUCUAGGUCGCAAGUCACAAACUUUGAUCCCAAUGGGACCACCUACAAAGGAGAAAGCGCAUUGGAAAGUAAAGGAGCUCUUGUACCCAAAUUCUACCAAGUGGAAUGUGGAGGUUAUUCGUCAAGUGAUACCUCAUCAUGAGGAGGAGAUACUCAGUCUGAUAUUGAGUGAUUCCCCAAAACCGGAUAAGCUUCGGUGGCUUCCGGAGAGAUCAAGGAACUAUACUACGAAAUCUGGUUAUAACUUGUGCAAGUGUUCAGUUGUUCCGGGAGCUUCAGGUAGUUUCAACUGGAGCAAGAAUGUGUGGAAGGUUACCACUUCUCCAAAGCUUAGGAUGUUUUUAUGGAAAGUUGUACGUAAUGUCAUCCCAGUGGGCAUGCUGUUGGUAAGUAGAGGAAUAGGUGAUGCUGGAAGCUGUAAGAGAUGUGGUGGGAACAAAGAAGCUCUGCAUGUCCUAGGCUCCUGCCUGUUUGCGAAGAGGGUUUGGCAACUAGCUCCUUUGGUUUCUCUGCCUAGAUUGGAUAACCUGAGUACUGUUAAGGAAUUGUUGGUGUCAGUAGGGCAAUCGCUCACCCUCCCACCAGUGGGAUUGAGUAUUGCCCCGCUGUACCCCUGGAUCAUGUGGUACCUAUGGAAAUCGCGUAACUUAUUGAUUUUUGAAAACAAAAUCUGGUCGGAAAUUAAGGUGGUCCAAAAAGCGAUUCUGGAAGCUAGGAGCUGGCAACAGGCUGCACUGAUCCAACCGAAGAAGCAAACAAAGCGGAAGCUGGUCGAAGCUGUCUCUAUCCACCCGGAGGCUUGCGUCUGCUUCUCUGAUGCAGCGUGGAAUGCUACGACAAAGGUUUGUGGGUUGGGCUGGACCAUCAAUAAUUUCACUUCUGGAUUGAUUCAACAAGGAAGUACUUCUCAACCCUUUGUGUCCUCUUCCCUCGUAGCAGAGGCUUUAGCUCUAAAAACAGUUAUCAUGGCGGCUUUAGCUAUGGGUGUUGUAAGGUUGGUUUGCAACUCGGAUUGUCAGGACCUAAUUGGUCUUAUCAAUUCCGGUGGCCAAACUACUGAACUCGAUGGGAUUUUGGAUAAUAUUCAAUUUCUCUCCCUUAAAUUUAUGUCUAUUUUCUAUUGUUAUGUACCUCGUUCGGAGAACUCAGAGGCAGAUGCUAGCCUACUGUCUUGUAAUGCCUCCUCCCUAGUUUGGAGGUUGAGCGUUUCUAAUUUAUAA